CAACUUAUUUACCAACAAUAGCAGAAUUGCAGGAAAAUAUUGAUACUCCUUUUAGUAAAAUUGUGCCUCGGGAAAACACGCAGUACAAUGGCAAAUACGUAUAUUGUUAUUGCUGCAUCGAUUUUGUUCUGCAUUGGAUUAAUUGGAAAUUCUAUCACCGUGUGUUUUGUUGCUGUAUCCAAACGGCUGCACACUCCAACAUACGUCCUGAUUGGAUGCCUAGCAGUGUCUGACGUACUCGCCUCCGUGACGCGAUAUGUUCAGAUAUUUUAUGAAUCUCUUUUUUAUGAGUAUUAUCAUCUAUAUAUAUAUGAGAUAUUCACCUUUUUAUUUAUUAAUUCGGCAUUUUUCCAUAUGGUUUUAGUAUCAUAUGUUCGUUUUGUUUUCAUAGCCAAUCCUCUCCACAGUUUGAAUCUGACUUGUAAACGAAUUUUGUGGAUGUCUUUUGCCAUUUGGAUAAGCUCUGUUGUCGUUUCCAUCGGAUACGGAGCAUUUAAAGUGCUCGAUUUAAUGAACAUAAUAUCUUUCGAAACAGCAGUUUUAGCUGAGAUUGGGUUUGGUUUGUAUGUUAGUGGAAUACCAUUUAUUAUUGUAAUUAUUUUUAAUGUUCGAAAGCUGUAUUAUCUGUAUAACCAAACAGCUUCUGUUCGACGAACCAGAAUAGCCAAUUCGAUGUCGUUGAUGUUUUGGAUUAUUAUCGUGAUUUAUCUCCUUAGCACAAUAUAUCCUUUAUUCUACGUAAUUGACUAUGCAGUGUUAAAAGAAAGGUCACUUCUGAAUAGAAGAUUAGAUUUUGUUCAAAAUAUGUUUUCUUUUUCAUUGCUUGUUAAUAGUUGUUUGAAUCCUUUGAUAUAUUUCAUGUUUUCACCUCCUGUCUUAAGACUUCUCUCCCGAUUAAGAAAAUGUUGUAAUCAUGGCAAAGAACCACACAUAAGCAAUCCUAGGUCGUGUCCACAAGUGGAAUCGCAUGGUAAACCAUUCUUCCUUUACAAUUUGAUGUAAUUUCUUGCUAUUGUGAUUUCCGAAAUCAAAUAAAUUCGUUUUUGUUCUACAUUAAGACUGGUGUAAUUUUAAGAUUGUUAAAUUUUGUGUCUGCCGAUUUUAUAGCUGGUAAGGUAUGUAGCUUCCUGUCUGCAAAAUGUGUAAUGAACGACAUUUGAACUACUUUUGUGUUUAAAUUUUGCAAUUAGACGUACUUUAAAUCACGCUAAUUUUGACUGUUUAAGCUUAUUUUUACGCGUAAAUUUGCGUCUAAUCACGUAUAGAAUUGUAGUUCCGUCCUUUUUUUAAGACCGGAGCUAUAAACCUAUAGCUAGCAAUUUUAUAUCUUUCGCAAUAUCGAACAAUAUAUUUAUUUUAUUACAAAUAAUUUAUAUAACAAUAAUUUUAACUUUUAGUUUGAAAAAAGGGUAAUUACGGAGUUAAAUUGCGUAUUUUUAAACCGCAAUGUAUCACUCUGUGUAAAUUGUUAGUGUAAUUACAUGUAUUAAUUAUUUUUAGUCAUUCACGUUUUAAUUGUCAUUUAUAAAUAUAAAAGCAAGUUUGUUUGUACAUUUACUUCAAAUGUUUAUAAUCUUGAGCAUUAAAAAAUAUACUGUUUAUAAACGAACAUCUUUUUUUUCUUAUAUCAAUAACGGUCAACAUAUUGUAGUUAUAACAUUAUAUAUCAGUGUUUGAUAAACCCCAUAGUCAUUCAGUUAACAGAGAGCACAGAAAGAUGUACAACCGAGGAUUUAGUUAAUUUGCACUAAAACUUGUAAAUAGCAAUCUGAUCUAAGAUAAAAUAAAUUUAAAUAGAACAUCCAUAA